UUGUAUUUGAGCUUCCACUAAGUUGCUGGCUUCAUAAUUCUUAAAAGUCCUGAAACGCUUUUCUUAGUUUUUUUACUUUUUGUAAGUAAGCCAGUAGAAGGUCUUUGAGGUUCUUUUGCCAAGUAAAUAGUUGUUCAGAAAUAGCCCUUGGAAUUUCCCCUCCCGUUCAAACUAGUGAUAUAGGACAGAUUUUUAUCCCUUGGCAUUUUAUAUUUUAAAAGAUCAGUCUCAUACACAGCGACCGCUUUCACCUUUUCACCUGCCACAGGUUACAUAAACCUCUUUAUAUUGUCCCUCUGGCUGCCUCUCUUUCUACACCCUGAAGUGUUCCUCUGUUUCCCUUUGGCUUUUCUUGGUGAAGGCAUCAAUGUGUCUGGGCUGAAAGACACUUUGCAGUGUCUGUGACACUGUUAAUGUCUGUGGGAUGGGCUCAGUAGCACUUGCUGUUCUGUUUAAGUCCCUAGAGGACUUGGCUCCUGGUUCUCCCUUUAUUUGCCCUUUUCUGCCUCCCAGGGAUAUAGCACUCCUUGGAGGUACAGAUUGUUCUGAAAGACUAGUUCAUACAUGAUCGGUGACUUAGAAUGGCUUAAAGUAAGAGCCAGUUUGAAUUUGAAUUCUUCUCAGCAAUACUACAUUACUUUUGUUUUUCUUGCUUUAUGCUUCAAAGUAGUCAAUUCUGGCUGAUCUAAGUGAGGUUUCCCUGUGUACAGACAGCUGGCUUACACACUGUUCUGAAUCUGUCCUGUUCUUUCCUUCUCUCCUCCUUAUGACAUGGGCAGGUGGGUGUUCUCUCAUGGCACAGAGGGUACUUCAUAGUCACGGAGUGGGUUGAAUUGUGUGUACACACUAAAUACUGCCUAGUCCUAUUUCUAUUUUGUAAUAUAAAUAAAGGUGGUGAUGUUUUAACCUGCUUAGUCAUUCAUGCAUCUCUUCAAAGCUUUUCUAAUGUGUUUGAUUCUAUUAAUGAUAGUAUUCUUUAAAAUUUGUUCUUAAAAACGUUGAAGCAAAAGUUAUAUUUAAAGUCUGCUGUUUUAGUUGGGUAUUAUGCCUAUAAUGGAAGCACUCAGACUCAAGCAGGAAGAUUGCAAGUUUAGAGCUAACCUUGGCUACCCAAAGACCUUGUUUCAAAAACAAAAACUAUUCCCUGUUUUAUAGGAAAUGAGGCAACACGAUGUGCAGGAACUCAACCGAAUUCUCUUCAGCGCUUUGGAAACUUCUUUAGUUGGGACCUCUGGCCAUGACCUCAUUCAUCGUCUAUAUCAUGGCACCAUUGUGAACCAGAUUGUUUGCAAAGAGUGUAAGAACAUCAGUGAGAGGCAGGAAGACUUCUUGGAUUUGACAGUAGCAGUCAAAAAUGUAUCUGGUUUAGAAGAUGCACUCUGCAACAUGUAUGUGGAGGAAGAAAUUUUUGACUAUGACAACUUGUACCACUGUGGAACCUGUGACCGACUGGUUAAAGCGGCAAAGUCUGCCAAAUUGCGUAAGCUGCCUCCUUUUCUUACUAUUUCAUUACUACGAUUUAAUUUUGAUUUUGUGAAAUGUGAACGCUACAAGGAUACUAGCUGUUAUACAUUCCCCCUCCGGAUCAAUCUCAAGCCUUUCUGUGAACAGGUUUGAACCUUUUAUUUUUUAAUUCUUUCUCUUUCCCUCCCAAGAUUAGAAUACUCAGUUUGUUAUAGGAUUUCUCGGUGUUGGCCCUACUAACAUUUUGAGUUAAAUUGUAUAAUGCAUACGCAUUCCUACUC